CUCUUUUUUAAAAGUUAUUCCUUCGCCGUGAGCCCUGCGCCGGUUGAGAUAAAUAGCCUCCGCCUGAGAUAAUGUUACUGGAUGCUGGCCACCAGUUCCCCGGGCUGGGAGUGGGCUCGUUCGCCAGGCAUCACUCCGCGAGCGACAUGCAGGACAGAGACUUGAGUUUGGCUCAGAAUAGCUUCGUCGACUCGGCGCACAUGGGCGCGUUCAAGCUGAACCACGACCUCUCCCCGGGACAGAGCUCUGCCUUCACCACCCAGGCGCCGGGCUACCCCGCGGCGGCUUUGGGGGCGCACGCCGCCCAUGUCACGUCGUACGCGAGCUCCCCUUUCAACUCCACCAGGGACUUUCUCUUUCGCAGCCGCGGCUUCGGAGAAUCCUCUCCGGCCAGCGGCCAGCACACUAUUUUUGGCCCCACGGCGGGAUCCCUGCAUCACUCCCACACAGACACUCAAGGCCACAUUCUGUUCCCCGGCAUCCACGACCAGCACGGCUCCCACGGGUCCCCGAACGUCCUGAACGGCCAGAUGAGACUCGGACUACCGGGGGAAGUUUUCGGACGCUCAGACCAGUACCACCAGGUCUCCAGUCCGAGGACGGACCCGUACUCGGCCGCGCAGCUCCACAACCAGUACGGCUCCAUGAAUAUGAACAUGGGGAUGAACAUGGCAGCCCACCACCACCCCGGUGCCUUUUUCCGCUACAUGAGGCAGCAGUGCAUCAAGCAGGAGCUCAUCUGCAAGUGGAUCGACCCCGAGCAGCUCAGCAACCCCAAGAAGUGCUGCAACAAAACUUUUAGCACCAUGCACGAGCUGGUCACGCACGUCUCCGUGGAGCACGUCGGCGGGCCGGAGCAGACCAACCACAUCUGCUUCUGGGAGGACUGCGCCCGGGAGAGCAAGCCGUUCAAGGCGAAAUACAAACUGGUCAACCACAUCCGCGUGCACACGGGGGAGAAGCCCUUCCCCUGCCCGUUCCCCGGCUGCGGGAAAGUCUUCGCGCGGUCGGAAAACUUGAAGAUACACAAGAGAACGCACACAGGGGAGAAACCAUUCCAGUGUGAGUUUGAGGGCUGCGACAGAAGGUUUGCAAACAGCAGCGACCGAAAGAAACACAUGCACGUCCACACGUCCGACAAGCCCUAUCUGUGUAAAAUGUGUGACAAGUCCUACACACACCCCAGCUCCCUACGAAAACACAUGAAGGUCCACGAAUCCUCCCCACCAGCAUCAGACUCGUCACCAGCAGCCAGUUCCGGUUAUGAAUCCUCCACACCUCCGGGCCUGGUGUCUCCCACCACCGAGACCCAAAGCAACACAACCCUGUCCCCAGCCUCAGCAGUGCACAACACCACCAGCCACAGUGGCCUGUCCUCCAAUUUCAGUGAAUGGUAUGUGUAGGACUGAGCUGAAGUGAAGCCACACACACUCAUCUCACAGCACUGGGCCAUUCCUGCAGCAGAAUGGGACACGUGCACACAAGAGGCACACAAACACUUGUUUAUUUUAUUAUUUUUGAUGCACCAGGGAAGACGGUGAUUACCAACAGAGGAAAAUAUGUACAAUAUUCGAGGUGUAUUUCAUAUUGUAAAUAACGACUAAAAAGCCCACUUUCCCAUUGGUUGUGAUAGUUUGUCAGUCUUUGGUGUAUAGGUGUUCCUUCAAUGGUAGCUAUUUCUCUAACUGGACUUUUAGUGCACAUAUUACAAUAAAAUUGUACAAUAAUGUUGAAUAUUGUGAUCCUAAGGCAAAUUGAUUGUACUAUACUAAAACAUCUAUAAACUGGAAAGAGUGCCAAAGUUAACAUUUAACUCAAACAGACCACAAUAUUAUGCUUGUGAAUGUAUAUUUUAGUUUGCUGGGCUUAACUUGUGAUGUUUUGUGCUUUGCAAGUUUGAAUUGUGAAAUACUAUCUGGAAGAUUGUGAGGAAAAUAAACGUUGUGCCGUUCGAUUUUCUGUAACUACGCCCUUCCUUUUGUAAAUAUCAACUGCCAUAUUUAUCCAUUUGUAAUUAAAUUAUGGUAUUUACUUGCUACAGAUGAAACAGUAUUUAUAAAGAAUGUUUCUUUACUAUAAAUAUGUACAAUUUACGAGCUAAACAUGGGGCAGUUGUUUCGUUAUGUGCUUUUGUUCGAAGUUUUAAGAGGUGUUUUCUUCCUUAUUGUGAUAAAAAAUUUUACUGCAUACAAAUAUAAUAAAAGGUGUUGCAAGUGCUAAA